CACGUGACUCCCGUCCGCGGCCUCGGCGGCGCUCACCGCGACUUGCGCCGUCUUCCGCCUGACGCGCCCCCGGCGGCAGCCGCGCAGCCCUGGCUCCUCGCGGGCUCGGGCGCCGGCUGCGGCGGGGCUAUGGCGAGCGGCGGUGGCGGGGGUAGCACCGGCGCGGGUGGGGGUGCCGGGCCGGGCCUGAGCCUCGGCCUGGGCCUGGGUCCGAGCCUAGGCAUGAGUGAGGCCACCGGCGAGGCGGAGGAGGAGACGGCCACGGCCGAGGCGGUAGGACGCCUGGCCACGACGCUGUGGCUGCGCCUCCGCGGCUGGGAGGCGGUGCUGGCGGCCGCACAGCGGCUGCUGGUGUGGGAGAAGCCGCUGCACAGCCUGGUCACGGCGGCCGCGCUCAACGGCCUCUUCUGGUUGUUGUCUUCGUCGUCCCUCCGGCCCUUUUUCUUACUCAGCAUCUCACUUUUGGCCUAUUUUCUGCUGGAUCUUUGGCAGCCUCGCCUCUUCCCUGACUUCUCAGCAUCAUCCCCAGAGGAGCCACACUCUGACAGUGAGGGUGCGGGGUCAGGCGCCCGGCCGCACCUGCUGAGUGUGCCCGAGUUGUGCAGAUACCUGGCUGAGAGCUGGCUCACCUUCCAGAUUCACCUGCAGGAGCUGCUGCAGUACAAGAGGCAGAAUCCAGCUCAGUUCUGUGCUCGAGUCUGCUCCGGCUGUGCUGUGUUGGCUGUGCUGGGACACUAUGUCCCAGGGAUUAUGAUUUCCUACAUUGUCUUGCUGAGUAUCCUGCUGUGGCCCCUGGUGGUUUAUCAUGAACUGAUCCAGAGGAUGUAUACUCGCCUUGAGCCCCUGCUCAUGCAGUUGGACUACAGCAUGAAGGCAGAAGCUGACGCCCUGCACCACAAACACGACAAGAAGAAGCGGCAAGGGAAGAACAUACCCCCCGGAGGUGAUGAGCCACUGGCGGAGACAGAGAGUGAAAGCGAGGCAGAACUGGCUGGCUUCUCCCCGGUGGUGGAUGUGAAGAAAACAGCACUGGCUUUGGCCAUUACAGACUCAGAGCUGUCAGAUGAGGAGGCGUCUAUCUUGGAGAGUGGUGGCUUCUCUGUAUCCCGGGCCACAACUCCACAACUAACUGAUGUCUCGGAGGAUUUGGACCAGCAGAGCCUGCCAAGUGAGCCAGAGGAGGCCCUGAGCCGGGAGCUGGGGGAGGGAGAGGAGACAGAGUUGGCCCCUCCUGAAGACCUGCUGGGCCCCCCUCAGGCCCUCUCGAGGCAAGACCUGGACUCAGAGGAGGAAGAAGAUGUGGCAGCCAAGGAAACCUUGCUUCGGCUCUCGUCCCCCCUUCACUUUGUGAACACGCACUUCAAUGGGGCAAGCUCUCCCACAGAUGAUGUGAAGCUUUCCCCUGGAGGACCAGUGGAGACACUGAGCCCAGAGGCAGUGAGUGGUAGCCCCACCACUCCCUCCAGCACCCUGCCACCCCUCCUUUGCCUUGCUGAAAGUGACCCAGUGCCCUCUCCCUCGGUACUCCCUCCUCUUUCCCAGGACUCACCCCAACCCCUGCCUGCCCCUAAGGAAGAAGAGGCACUCACCACUGAGGACUUCGAGUUACUGGAUCAGGGGGAGCUGGAGCAGCUGAAUGCAGAGCUGGGGUUGGGACCAGAGACAUCCCCAAAGCCUCCUGAUGCUCCACCCCUAGGGCCCAACACCCUUUCUCUGGUACAGUCAGACCAAGAGGCUCAGGCCAUGGCAGAGCCAUGAGCCAUGGAAGGAAUUGCAGGCACAGUAGGGCUUCCCGGCCAGGGGUGUCAAUGUUUCCUCCAUUCCCUACUGUGGGGAAGGCAGCACGUGGGGAAGCCGGCCGUCAGAUGGUAGCCAGUCCACCCCCUGCCUGCCUGCCUGCUGUCCCAGGUCUGGUAUACUACCUGGGAUUGGUUUUAAGCUUGUAAAUAAUUUUACAUUUGGGUUAGUGGAUGUGAACAGGACUAGGGAAGUCCUUCCCACAGCCUGCACUUGCCUCCCUGCCUCAUCUCUAUUCUCAUUCCACUCUGCCCCAAGCCCUGGUGGGCGAUCCCUUUCUUUUUCCUCCUAUCCUCAGGGACCUAUGCUGCUCUGUCCUCGUGUCCCACUUGGUUGUUUAGUUCAGGCACUUUAUAAUUUUUUUCUUCUGUCCUGUGCUCCUCUCUGCUUUAUUUCCCUGCUGUGUCCUGUCCUUAGCAGCUCAUCCCCACUCUGCCAGCGCCUCCUUCCAUGGCUAAACUUUAGGGGGGCUCCUGUCGGGGAGGGACAGACUAAACCUGGGGUGGUGGGUUAGGCCAGUAGUUGAGCACUUAGGUCACUGUAGCCCGUGGAGCCUCCACUGCACCUUUGGCCUAGUUCGUCCCAGCCUUUCACAAUAGGGGCAGAGCUGGGAUCCCACAGCACAUGCACCAGCACUGCAUUAGUGAGCAGGAGCUCUGUCUUGUUAGCAUGUGGUUCUCUCUUACUAUCCCAGGGAAGAAUGAGACGUGCUUCUCUGGCCAUGGCUCGUUCAAGUGUGGUGGGAUCCCCUGCUAGGGUCAGGAAGUGGACAGUAACAUCUGUGCAGGUGUCGACUGGAAAAAUAAAGUGUUGAUUGGCUAGAACUGCCUGCCUGCCUCACUGAGCUCUGCCACACUCUGUGCUCUGUCCCCUCCUCACCCCUUCCUUGUCCUCAAUCUUGCUCCUGGCUAUUUAUUUACCUGGUGCAAAACAAGGCCAGAAGCAAGUUAGGGACCCUGACAGCCCUAACUUGUCCUUAGCCAUCUUCCCUGACAGUGUGAUAUGUUCAGUGAGAUUUGGCAUGUGUGAAUAAAGUGUAUGCAGGAGGAAAU